GGAUUUUUUCGAUUUAGGAAGUUUGGAGGAGAAAAAUGGUGGGAUUGAGGCCGGAAUGGGCAGUGAAAGCGAUCGUGGUGAUAAUAAUCACAUCAAUAUUGUUCCGAUGCGUGUCUGCGGUGACUAACCACACAGUUGGUGGAGUUUCCGGCUGGGAUCUCACUUCCAAUCUCCAAGGCUGGGCUGCCGAGACUACUUUCCGAGUCGGAGACUUUCUAGUGUUCUCGUACACGCCGGUCCACGAUGUAUUGGAAGUGCACCACUUGGAUUACCAUUUCUGUCACACGGUGCACCCAAUCCGCACAUACAACGACGGAGAGACAGUGAUCCAACUGACUCAACCAGGACCCAGGUACUUCAUAUGCGGCAGACAAGGUCACUGUAACAUGGGCCUCAGACUCCAGGUCCAAGUACUCCCUCAGCUCUCCGACAACAACGACAAUGCCCCUACUACUCCUACUACUAUAAGCCCCUCCUCUUCCCCCACCGCUUCCCCACCAAGCGAUGGUGGUGGUGACCAGACUAAUAGGCACCAGAACCAUCCAUCUGCUCCUCCUCGUCGGGCUCCUCUGAUAGGUGACCGCCGUCCUCCUCCUCCUGCUCGUCCUACCCCUCCUCCUCCUGCUGCUCCGGCACCUAGCAAUGAUGCUGGAGGAGAGAUAGAAGUACCAUCAAUUGGUUCAGAAAAUGGGCCGCAGGACAAGCCGAAUAAUCCAGCCAAUGCUACCAGUGCAUCUCCUCCUUGUACUUGUGGAGCUGGAGAGGUGGUGAUAAGCUUGCUCUUCUGGUGGUUCCCUGUGAUCACAGCCCUGGUGAUGCUGGUUUCUUCUUGGUCAAUUCGGGAGCUGGGUUUCCUCUUUGGCAUUUCACACCUCGUGAUUGUUUGAUUUUGAUGUGUUGGUAUUGGUUCUGAGUACUUUCUUAUGAUCGAUCUUUGUGAUGCAUGCCCUUUUUGCUCACUUUUUGAUCAUCACGCACAUUUCAGCAUUUUUAGUUUGAAAUUGGCCGGAUAGCUCUCUCUGUGUCUCUGCAGAGUGCUAAUGCGAUGGCUGGCAUAGUAGAGUCUGUCUGAAAUUUAGCUGUUGGUUCGGUUAAAUUUGUUUGCCAAACAUUUGCUUCAUGCAUGCAACGCUAAUGCAUGUUAAAAUUUGCUAUACCUUGUAGCUAAUAAACGAACAGUUACACC